UCUUCCUCCUCCUCUCUCUUCCUCUUCCCCUCCUCUCUCUCCUCCCUCUCUUCCUCGUGUUCCUCGUCCUCCUUCUCCUCCACCUCCUCCUCCUCCUCCUCCUCCUGGUGGCCCAGGGCUCUUUCCUUUGCAGAAAGAGAGUCAGGAUCAUGUGAUUCUGGACCAUGUCGCACACCUUCGGGCCUGGCGGAGGUACGUUUGAUGGCUCCCGGUGCUGGCUGUGUGCCCAGCGCGCCACGGCGGCGCCAUCCUUCGGCACCCUCGUCGGCGACAGCUGCGUGCCCAGAGUCCGAAGUCCGAACGUGGUCCUUCUGAGCCUUCGCGGGCAGCCCAGGCCCUCGGGGCUGGGGUGCUGCCAGAGGUGGCCCUGCCCAGAGGUGGGGCCCCAGUUCUCCCAAGGGAGGCCCCCGCGGCUUCGAGAGGCACCGCUCGCGAGGCCCAGGCCCCCCCCCGGGACUCCAAGAGGGCCCGGGUCGAUGAUCCUCAGGACGUGUGGUAGCCCAAGCGUGUACCCCGCUCGGUUUCGCCGACAGCUGAUGCGCAGCCUGUGUUGGCUCUCGUUGCGCCGCCCACGUCGUAUUGAAGGGCCUCGGUGGACAAACACCCGUUGGCGCUAACACGCGCUCUGAGGAUCAUCGACAUGGGGGCACGGGCACCUGUCGCCAGGGAUCCAGGGACUCCCUGCGGGCCAGGAUCGAGGCUCGAGGAUCCAGGCUCCAGGCUCGAGGCUCGAGGAUCGAGGACCGACGCGGGGGCCCAGCGACCUCUCGCCCAGGAGGGGCUCCUUGCGUCGCCCUUCUUCCCCGACGCGCCGCAUGGCCGCCAGGGCCAGCGGCGGCCGAGCCAGGCGUCCCCGCGGUCGACGGGCAUGCCGUUCGGUCUGCUGGAGGCCACGCCGCCCGCCAGCGAGCCCUCGCUGGACAAUUCUUCAGCGAGAGAGGUGUCGCCCGCCGUGCUGGAGGCCCCCAGUCACCACGGCCAGAGCUUCCCGCGCGUGCUGAUUCAGGUCAUCGCGGCCUACUGCGCCAUCGGGGGCUUCGCCUCGGCCAACGGCCAGAUGUUUGUGCUCAUCGUCUCGAUCCCGGCGUCGAGCGGCGGCUUCGGCCUCGGGCCGGCGACCAUCGGCCUGCUCCAGAACGUCGCCGCGGUCCUCGGCCGCGUGCCGGGCGGGCUGGGGUUCGGGGCGAGGGUAGGCGGUCUUCUGAGCGUGAGAGGAGCGGGCGUCUCAGGGGCCCCCCUCCCUCCUCCUCCUCCC